AAACGUCUGAAAUUGGGAUGUAUACUGAUUGCAUUGGCUGGAAUUUUUUUGGCUGGCACGAACAUUGACUAUAUUCUGCUUUGUUUAAAUAGAACCUAUUUCAGAGAAAUGCAGAACGAAUUCGCAGAACACGGUCUCUACACUGUGAUACAAAUGUAUCCAGAUUUGUUAAAUAUCUUGGCAUCGGUCAUGCUAAUAUUUGCAAUCAUAUCGCAAUAUGGUUGGCUGUUUUGGACCACUCUAUUCUUUCAAGCAUUUCAGGCAGUCUACUUUCUUAUUUUCAGUUUUACUCCAGCAUCAUUGGGUUCGAAUUUAAUUUUAAAUGAGAGUAUUUGACACAAUUUAACCUAUUGGAUUUACGUGCUUCUUUGGCUAACACUGACAACGUAUUUCAUGUACAUAGUAUAUUCGUACUAUCGGCAAUUAAAACCGGGGGCAACUGAAAAUAUGGCGGAGGGAUUGGAGUAAUAACUAAUAAGAAAAUAA